GGCGAGCAACGGUCUGAGGCCUGAGCGCUGCGGAGGCUGACUGCCGUCGGCCCGGCCCCCUCUCACCCAGGCCCGGGUUUUCGCAGGAAUCUUGGGAAACCAAAAUGAGGCACAAUCAGAUGUGUUGUGAGACACCACCUACUGUCACUGUUCAUGUAAAAUCAGGGUCAAAUAGAUCAUAUCAGCCUAAAAAACCCAUUAAUCUGAAGCGUCCUCUUUUUAAAGAUAGUUGGCAAGCAUCUGAAAUAAAUGCACAUAAUAACAACAAAUCUAAACGCCCCAAAGGACCUUGUCUGGUAAUACAGCGUCAAGAAAUGACCGCUUUCUUUAAAUUAUUUGAUGAUGAUUUAAUUCAAGAUUUCUUGUGGAUGGACUGUUGCUGUAAAAUUGCAGACAAGUAUCUUUUGGCUAUGACCUUUGUUUAUUUCAAGAGGGCUAAAUUUACUAUAAGUGAGCAUACCAGGAUAAAUUUCUUUAUUGCCCUGUAUCUGGCUAAUACAGUUGAAGAAGAUGAAGAAGAAUCCAAGUAUGAAAUUUUUCCAUGGGCUUUAGGGAAAAACUGGAGAAAAUUAUUCCCUAAUUUCUUAAAGUUAAGGGACCAGCUCUGGGAUAGAAUUGACUUUAGGGCUAUUGUAAGCAGGCGAUGCUGUGAGGAGGUUAUGGCCAUCGCACCAACCCAUUAUAUCUGGCAACGAGAACGCUCUGUUCAUCAUAGUGGAGCUGUCAGAAACUACAAUAGAGAUGAAAUUCAACUGCCCCGGGGACCUAGUGCCACGCCAGUAGAUUGUUCACUCUGUGGUAAAAAAGGAAGAUAUGUUAGACUGGGAUUGUCUUCAUCAUCAUCUUCAUCCAGUGAUACAGUAGAGGUGAUGGAAAAACAUUCUCAGGAAUCACACAUAAUAGUUGAUCCUUCUCGAGCUUAUAGCUAUUCUCAAGUAGCCAAUGACCAUCAAUCAAACAAAGGAAAAAAUACUAAUGUCAUGAAGAAAGACAAAUCCAUGGAGUGGUUUACAGGAAGUGAAGAAUGAGCUGGCUCAACUAAAGCAACUUGGAAUCAUUAACUACAAAAUGUCAAACUAACUGCAAGACAAGUGUUAAAAUGGACAUUUAAGCAGUUUUUUACGUUACACAUCUUUCUUUAGCUUUUGUUAUUUUUCAAAAUUAUAUGUAAAAGUUACAAAAAUCAUAGUAAUAGGUAAAGAUACCAAUCUAUGAAAGUAGUGAUUUGCAAUACAAAGUUCUAUUUUGAAAUUUUUCCGUCUUCAAAUCAGUUGCUGUCAUCUGGGGUACUCAGUUAAAUUGCAGUUUGACCUUCCUCAAUUUGACAAGAAAAGCUAAUUUAAGAGAAGAAAAAAGUAGGUCAUUACAUUAAUUAGAAGGGAAAAAACACCAUUUAAUAUGGUCUGAAAACAUUACUCACCUGUAUGACCAGUUUGGCAGUGUGUAGGUCUAGCAAUAUAGGGAAAUGAUCCAUAUGGAAAAGCAGAAUGUGAUUCUUCUGUUGUAAAACAAAAUAUGUACUAUAAAACUACAUAAAAUAUUUUAUAAUUUGUUCACAAAAACUGUUGAAAUAUAAAUUAGUCUCCCUUUAUUGUAUAAGUUUUUUUUCCUCAGUCAUUUUUUCUAGCAUUUUUUAAAAAAUUACUUUGCCAGUUAUUGCACAAAAACAAUUUGUCAAUGAUUACACGAUAAACUUCUAUAUGGCUUUAUAACCAAA